AUGAAAAUUCCCAUAAAUACACUUGAACAGCCAAAAGAAAUUGAACUACAAGUAUUUAAUAUUUAGAAGUUUAGAUAUUGGAAUUCUUACUUUAGAGUCCACAAUUUUUAGAUGAUUUAAUGAAAGUUGUAAUUGAUCAAAGUCAUUAAAUUCAUAAAUUGUCGCAAGGAGCAUUAGGUUUAAUAAUAAAUUAGCUUGAUAAUUUUUUAGAAAUAGCAGCUGACUAAAUUAAAAAAAACCCAAAUUUUAAAUGUCAAAUGCUGCUUAGUCUUAUUAGUUGUAUGAUGGAUCUAGAUUGCUAUCGGUAUUUAAUUAAAUUAGACUAGAAAAUUGUUUAAUUCGUUAGAACAUUUAUUUAAUAUAUUAGAAAAUUCAGAUAAUUUACUUGUAUAUGAAUAAAUAAUGCCAAUUUUGAUAAAAAUCUAUAAAAAUUCAUCAAAUUAGAGCAAUUCAUUAUAAAAUGAUUUUCAUAAUAAACAGCUAAUAGAAUAUCUUCCAAGAACUAUUUACUUUACUAGAAUUUUAUUUGAUCAUUAUAAUAAUUUAUCUUCUACAAAGAUAGAAUUGAUAGAUUAUUUUAAUCAUGAUCCAAAGUAUGAAAACCUUUGUGAAACUCCAAUAGAAUUUCCUAAAUUGAUAUUAGAAUAUAUGGAGCCAACCUUAUUAAAUGAAGCAUAUGAAGAUUUGUGUUAGAAUGGCAUACACAAGAAAGAAUUACAUCANUAUCUAGUUCAAUAAAAUUGA